AUGGCCGAGAAGCGCAAGUUGCCACCGCGCGGCGGGCGCGAGCCCGCGGCCAAACGACGAGUCUCCGAAGCCGUCACAGCAACACCCCAGUCGCAAAAGAAAAGGGCGCCGACGCCUCGCGCUCCAUCUCCACCUCCACCGCCACCGGAGCCAGUCGAACCGCCAUUGCCUACAAAAGUGAAGGAUGCGGAAGUCUUGCCGGUCACGCGCGUGCGCCAACCUGACACCUUAUCGGACAAGGAGUAUCAAUCCAUCGCAGAAAGCGGUGUUCUUCUCAUAUCCUUGGAACGAUCAAAGAAGAAGUGGCUUAGCGAAGGAAUCUUGGUGAGAUACUACACGAAACCGAAGAAGACGAAACGUGAACAAAUCGAGAAGAACAACCCCCCGAAAGAAUCCAUGACCAGAAUUGGGCCCUGCGAUGUCACCAUCGGACCCCAUCUAUUUGACGCGAUGAUAUAUACCGUGAAAGACCCCACUGCACCGCCGCAGAUCCAAUAUGCACCUCCGCAGCGGCCCAUGGUCCAUUAUGGACACCCAAACUCAUUCCAACAAUACCAACCAUAUCCAAAUCAACAAAAACGUCCCCCCUACCCUUCCACUCCGACUGGUCGACCUGCGCAAGGAUAUCCGGGAAACCACCAACCGCCUAGUCAGCAACGUGGCCCACAACCUCCCCCAAAUCAACCGGGACCGCGGCCUCCACAGACACAAAAUGGCCAGCCCGGGCAACCCGCAAAGCCAAGUCCAGAUCCUGUCAUUCAGAUGCUUGCUACUAGGGCGGCAGCAGAUCCUGAACUCAAGGCUCUGAUGCGAGUGGUCGCUUCCAGCCAGGCUUCACAGGACCAACUACGCGCUUUCCAGGCUCACAUCGAUGAGCUCAAUGCGAUUAUCAAGGCGAGAGAGCAGCAGGAACAAAGACAGCAAGGUUCGAUUGGUACGCAAGGACGACCGCAAGCGGCAGCGGCGCAACCGGCAACGCCCGCUACACCCGCAUCUCAAAACAAGCCUACCCCAGCGCUGCCCAACUCCCAACCCAAGCCUGCUGCGGAAGCAAAUGCACUACCUCAGGCACAAACACCCAAACCACAACCACCUGCUCCAUCCCAAACUCCGUCGAAAGAGUCCCAGCAAAUACCCUCUGCCUCCAAAGCACCAGUGCCGAUCACCACAACUACACCCAAGCCUGCAUCCGAAGGGACACCGCAGGCUAGUACCGAGCCCCAGAAACCAGACCAACAUGAAAAUGCCCAAGCCGCCAAUGCUUCCCAAGCCCCAGCUGCCACACCUGUGGUGAAACAAGAACCGGUUGCAACGGGAUCGAGUAAUCUUCAAGCUACCCCUGCGGGGUCAGCACAACCACCGCCUGCAGCAUCUACUACUCCAUCUGUUACCCAAACCCCGACCCCCAGUUCUGCUUUGGUAGGGACACCUCAACAACAAACCCCCACAGCUCGCCCUCAACCUCCUGCAAACUACCAGCAACCGCCACGUGCGGGACCGCCAUACCCACCCCAUCAACAGACGCCGUACACUCCCGGUGGAGCCCAGGCCGCUCUUCAGUCACGGCCGCCUCAAUAUGGAUCGCCCACGCCUUAUUAUCGUCCACCAGGACCACCCCCGCCCCCGGCGCGCGUUGGUUAUAAGUCUGUCGUGUUUGAGUUCACAUCGCCCUUGACUCCCUACGGAAGCAGUACCUCAGGUCACGCUGGAUCUGGUGAUCGCUAUCUCUUCCCGGAACAUACAAUUCUUGAUUGGCUUCCAAAUGAAUGCACCGUUCUAGCUUCCUUCCUAGUUGUUCGCAAGGUUGAUCCCAACACACCUUUCCCUAUCGAAUCUGCAACAGACAACACGACGAGCCGCAGCAAAGGAAAAGGGGCAUCCAAGUCCAAGUCCAAGAAGAAGAUAGAGAUCGACAAAGAUUCCAAAGACGUCCCUGGAACCCCGGCCCCUGCGGACACACCUCAGAAGCAAGAGCCCUCUGACACGCCGGAUGUCAAAGCCCAUGGCGCCUCAGCGGCGGAUACCUCCGGUACCCCCAAACAGCCCGCUGUGAACGAAGCGAACCUCAAAGAAUACUGGCAGCCAGUAACCUUCCGCAUUCAUGCUCCCAAUCCCAAGAUCCUCGAGCCACUGACUCGCGUUGUCAAACCGGCGGAGGAGGUGCGCAAGUACAUGAACGAAAUCAUGGACCGGGCGGAGCGCGCUCCGGAUGGAUUCCCUGCGUUGCGUUUGCCGCGUGAAGAGGCGCGUGAGGCAUUCGAGUCAGAAGGCACCCCAGCUUCGGGUACCAAUAGUGCUGCCGGUCGCAGUCGCCCUUCGCGGGCGGCCCCUAUCAAGACCGCAGAAGAGGAAUCGGAAGUUGAAAAUCCCGCGGAGGCCGAGGAGGAAGAGGAUCUUUUGGACUUCUACGGUGCGCCUAGUGGGCUUCCUCCUCUGCGUGUCUAA